AUUUCCAAAUCAUAUAAAUUCAAAUGCAAAAUUUACAUUAACCAGCAUUUACUUGGAAACCACAAAAGGGAUAAAGUUACAUUUUCAAUAAAUAAAUAGUUUAAAACUAAUAAAAAGUGUUAAAAAAUUUAAAUAUAAUGGGAUUGGGAAAUUUGCAAAUGUUGUACAUGGUGGCAACGUUGUUAAUUGUCUAUGAAUUAUCAUUAACAACAACAAGAGCAACAUCGUCACGAUAUGCAAUGGCUGUUGCUGUUGAUGCAACUUCAUCGUCAUCGUUAAAAGUAACGGAAAUGGAUGUUAACAGUUUUACCCACAUAAAUAAGCCCUCAAUGAUGAAUACUGGAAUGGUUAAUCGAAUGCCACGUCAUACAGUUCAAGGUCUAAAGCAGAUGGAGCAAAUGAAAGAACAAAAACAACAAAUUGAAGAUCCAUCAUCUUCAUCACUAGCAUCGUCCGUAAAUUCUAAAAUAAAAAGAAGUUUUUCUAACGGUGGUGGAUGGGGAACUGCUAACUUUAAUGGACUCACAGGGCUCAUGGGCUCAUCACAACAGCAUAGCUUUAGAACUAGUUAUGAUGCAACACCACCACAACAACAAUCUAAUCACCAAUAUCAACAACAGUAUACAGAGGCAAAACCUAUUUAUGAAGAACAACAAGAAAACGAUUAUGCAGGCCGAGGAGUUGAUGGUGGAGCUGGGGUACAUUCUAGUGCGAGUGUUGCUAAUGCAGCAGCUUUACACUCGGCUAUAUAUAAUUUACAAACUGCUGGAACGCAUAAUGCAGCUGUGGGUUCAAGUAGCAGUAGUGCAAGUAAUGGCGGAAGUGAUGGUUUCCUGCCAUCAUGGAACUUUGGUAAACUUUCAACAUCAUUUAUUGCUUCACAGCCAGCAUCAACACCUUAUGGCAGCAGCAGUGGCAGUCAUAGUGCCUCCACUACUACCAAUAAUAACGAUAAAAUCUCUGAAGGCAAUUUUCUGCAUCAUUACGAUUCAGCUUCCGCCUUUAAUGAAUACACACCCCAACAUGAAUAUCAACCAUCAUACCAGCAGCAACAGCAACAACUACCACAACAUGAAAACUUUUACAACAGUGUGGAACAUACACAAGCUGAUACCUCUUCAUCAUAUGGCGAUGAACAUGAACAUGAUAGCAACAACUAUCCACCCUCUGCUUCAGCUGGCCACUUUUCCAACUAUCAACAGCAUGACUAUGAACAACAGCAGCAGGAGAAACAGCCCGAUGUCAUCAACUAUGUUCCAUAUCCUGUAGUCAAGAAACAGCAUGUACCAGUUCGUGAACCUGUACAAAUACCCAUCUCACAUGCAGUCAUUAUACCGGUUAGUAAGCCAGUCCCUAUUCAAAUACCAGUUACUCAAAAUGUUCAAGUACCAGUAGAAAAGGAGUUGAAAAUACCUGUUGAACGUGUUGUUCCUUAUCCGGUGGAGAAGCAUAUACCUGUACCAGUAGAGAAACGUGUACCAUAUCCAGUGGUGAAGUAUGUCCCCAUUAAAAUUCCACGUCCCUUUCCCGUAAAGGUACCAGUUUUUAAGACUGUCUUACAUAAAGUUAAAGGCUGGUGGUAAAUUAUAUGAAAUGAAGAAAGGUCAACUUGUGGCCAAUUAGCAUGAGUUGCAGUAUUUGUAGUUUAAAACUUGAAAAUAUGAGAUUGAGAUUUUCUCUCAAUCUCAUAGUUUCUUAAUAUAAUUUUUAGUAUUUUUAGAUAUAAUGUUUAUUUAAAGUUUUGUUAUGUUUCCUUUUUAUUUUAAUAAAUAAUUACAUUUAAAAAUGUU